AAGCUCCAUUGUGUCUUCUCUCUGUCUCUCACGCGCAGUAGCAUCCGAAUAGACAGCUAUGGAGGAGAUGGCACCUUCGACUGCAGCUCCUUGUUGGUCCAAGAUAGUGACAAGCGCGCCACCACAAGAGACUCAGAAACCCCAACGUCCGAUAGACCAGGUAUUCGUGGAGAGCUGCAAGUCCUCCAAGGGAAUAGCGGUGGCGAUAGUUGACGCCAACGCAGUUAUCCAGGGAGGCCAAAAUCUUGUCCACUCAGCUGAUAAGUUCGUUACCGUCCCUGAAGUACUCGCCGAAAUCCGGGACCCUGUCUCCCGCCACUUCCUUGAGUUCCUCUCCUUCUCAAUCGACUCCAUGGACCCCAGCCCCGAUGCCCUCCAAAAGGUUAUCAAGUUUGCAAGGGCAACUGGUGACCUGCAAACUCUUUCAGAUGUUGAUCUAAAGCUUAUUGCCCUGACAUACACAUUAGAGGCUGGGAUACAUGGAACCAAACAUCUUAGGGAGGCUCCUCCCCCAGUCCAUGUAGUUAACGUGAAGAGGCUACCUGAGAAGGAGUUGCCUGGAUGGGGUUCCAAUGUUCCUAAUUUGGAAGAAUGGGAAGCUUUGGAAUGCGAAGUUGAGGAUGGAUCUAAACAGGAGUCCAGAAUUCUUCCCUUAAAAGACAUAAACAUGAACAUGUUCCCAGACGACCAGUCUGUGGAUGGUUCAAUGGAAAUUAAAACUGAAGCUUCUUUGGAGGACAAAGAGGAUUUUGAACAUGUAUCAAGGAAACCUGAGAAAUAUCCACCAAAGAAAAGUGAGGUAAACAUUGAAGGGAAGAAGAUGGUGGCAGAUGGAAUUGAUGCAUCUAAGGGACAGUUUGAUGAUGAUGCUGGAGAUUGGAGGCCUGCUGUCAGUCGAAGUACUCAUAGAAGAUACCUUAGAAGAAAGUCCAGACGUGAAUAUUAUGAGGCAUUAUCUGAAAAAGAUGUACAGCAUGAUCUGGAGGAGGACAAAGACGGCAACGCUCAUGCAGAGAAUGACCGGCUGGAUCAGUCAUUACAUCAAGAUUCUGAAGGUGAACAUGGUGGUAAUGUAAUUUCCAGGGAGAGCGCAACGACAGAAGAUAAAAAUAGUGGUGAAAAUCUAUCUUCCAUUCUAAAACAGAUGAGACUGGAGGAAGAUCCGAUAGUGGAAAGUCCUUUAGAAAUGCAUGCAACUAAUGAUUCUACAAUCUCAAAAGCUACUGAUAAUAAUGCUGAAGUAACCUUUGAAGGAGAAGACAUUGAUAUGGUCCGUGAACGAUUGGAUCAUUUGGAGAUUUCAAGCCAGGUCCAUGAAAGUGUUGAUGCAUCAUAUGCUGAUGAUGUUAGUAGUGAGCAGAGCUGGAUGUUGAGACCCUUAUCCGAGUCCAGUGUAGCUUGCAUUACUGGUGACUUUGCCAUGCAAAAUGUUCUUCUGCAAAUGGGCUUACGUCUGCUGGCACCUGGAGGAAUGCAGAUACGUGAGCUGCACAGGUGGAUACUGAAAUGCCAUGCCUGCUAUACUGUAACUGCUGAAAUUGGGCGAAUUUUUUGCCCCAAGUGUGGAAAUGGUGGCACUUUGCGCAAGGUAGCUGUUACAGUUGGUGAGAAUGGAGUGGUGUUAGCGGAUCGUAGGCCAAGGAUUAAGCUUCGUGGUACAAAAUUUUCAUUACCUUUACCCAAAGGUGGAAGAGAUGCCAUCUCUAAGAACGUUGUCUUACGGGAAGAUCAACUCCCACAACGGUUCCUUAAUCCUUCGAAGAAAGCCAAUAAGAAGGGAGAUGAUUUCUUCAUUCCAGACGCCAUCUUCACCCACCAUACUGAUAAGAAAGCUCCUCACCGGCCUCCAGUUAGACAGGCACUAGCAGUUUUCAGUGGAAAGAGGAAUCCCAAUGACAAUCAUUACUCCCGUUCUAAGCGCAAAUAAUAUGGUUUUACUCAAGUUUUGUUUUGGUAUGAAUUUUUCAUCCGAAUGCAUAAAGUUCAAUACUUUUUGGAGUUCAGCUGUUUUAGGUGCGUUACUACCACUGUGAAAUCAACACUGAUGGAUUUAAUUUUAUUUUACCAUCCAUCUGUAGUGUGCCAGUAUGAUGGCUUUGAACAAAGGUAGUUUGCUUUGGGGCAUAAUCACUUGGAAUUUUUCGAUCUUUUUGCGAAUGUUCACUGUUGCAGUACCCUGCUUGGAGGUGUACUCCACCGUCAUUGAAUUCCUGAGAAUAGAAUGUAUCAGACUGAUUAAGUGAUUCCAGGCAUUUCAGUUCA